UGCAUUGUACGGAAACAAGUUCUUUCCUUCAUCAUGUAUCAUCAUCAACAUUCACACACUGAUGAGAAUGUCCCUCCCUUGAAUCAAAAUAGCACCAUAGCCAGCAAUGGAAGAUCUGCUCCAGUUGCCCCCCUUCCCCACCAGAAGUUGCAGGGAAACAUGGACACUCUAAUUCAUCAAAUUGAGAAGGAAGCAUACUCUCAUGUCUUGCUAGCCUUCAAAUGUCAAUCUGAUGUUCUAACUUGGGAGAAAGCUGAUUUGAUGGUUGAGCUUCGGAAGGAGUUAAGGGUUUCGGAUGAUGAACACACACAACUUCUCACACAGGUGAAUACCAAUUCAACUAUCCACCAAAUAAGAGAGUGGAGAAAAACUAGCUGUUACAAACCAGCUCAGCAUGUUCAUGAUGAUUCACUCCAUUCAACAAUUUCAUCUUCUCCAAAGAAACACAACUCAUCAUCCCAACCGGGUUCAUAUUCACUAAAAAAUGUGCAGCAUCGUCCUGCUGCUUCCUCUGCAGGAGGAAGGAUCAUCAUAAAUGGCAGCUCUUAUAGUGUUGUUCCCCCGAAAAAACCUAUUCGAGAAGAAGCGAUAGCAGGAAAAGCUAGGAAUGAAAUCCAUGAGGCUGGGAUUGCAAUUAACAAAGCUCCCAUGGGAAAGAAUGGUUUGUAUUAUGAUUCUGGAGAAGCUAAUGAGAUGGAGGAAUGGGUUAAUCUCAACAAGAUGCGAGCUGAGGACAUAGAAUGGGAAAAUGAAGGACGGCCAAUUCUUCGCAUUGUCAGAAGAUAACAAUGAAGAUACUCUUAUCUCAUCACCACCACAAAUGGUGGUGCAGAUUUGAGGAAUACGCAGAAUACAUACAUACAUACCUACCCUGAUAUGCAUUACAGAGAUCAACAUAAUUCUCAGUAGGUGCGGUUUUCUUAAAAUUAGGCACAAUAUGCAAUGAACAUGUAAAUGCAAAUGAAUGGUUCCAUGACAACAAGUUUUUUCUGCAAUUCCUUGGCAUGGUAUGUACUAUGUAGACGAUGUAGUGGUUGUAUUCAAUAGUGGAUUCAUGCGCAAACGUAAAUCAUUCAUUGGCCCUAAAUUUACACUAGGCUCUAAACAUGUUAGGGUGUGCAUUCAUGAUGUUCCUUAAGCAUAAUAUAUAA